CUCUUGUAAACCGUAUCAGUAUUAUCACUCAAGACCUAUCAGUUUACACGAUCGAAUCUAUUACGAUCUAAUUUUUUGCUAUACUGUAAACUUAAUGUCAAAACGACAAUUUAUGAGCAUUGGUUCAUUAUUCCCAGUUUUAUCCUCUGUGUAGAAUUGUCAUUAUGUCACCUAUUAUAUUUUAUUUUGAUGACCUCUCACAGCCUUGUCGAGCCAUCGAAAUAUUUCUUUUAAUGAACGACAUUCCACAUGAUAAAAAAAAAAUCAAACUUGCUAAAGGUGCUCAGUAUUCUGAUGAAUUUGUUAAAAUAAACCCAUUUAAAAAAGUUCCUGUCAUUGACGAUAAUGGGUUUAUACUUACUGAAAGUGUGGCCAUAUUACGAUACUUGUGCCGACAGUAUAAUGUACAAGACCACUGGUAUCCAAACAACUCUAAACUCAGAGCAAGGGUGGACGAAUAUCUUGAAUGGCAGCAUAUUGGAACCAGAGCCCCUUGUGCCCUUUAUGUCUGGGAUAAGGUUUUUACACCUCUUCUGACAGGCGUCGGUACCAAUGAAAGGAGGUUGAAUAACUCUUUUAAAAGAAUGGAAGACUCCUGCAACUGCAUCAACGAUAUUUGGUUGAAGGAUGGAAAGAAAUUUCUCACCAGUUAUUCAAUUAGUAUUGCUGACUUGCUAGGAGUUACAGAACUGGAGGAAUUGAAGUUGACAGGAUAUGACCCAAAAGAAGGCCGGCCUGCGUUAGCCGCUUGGAUGGAAAGAGUAAGAAAUGCAACUAAUCCACAUUAUGACAAAGUUCACUCAAGACUUAACAAUCUCAGCAAAAAGUACAGUACUAAAGCAAAGUUAUAAUGACCAAUGACAUUGCUUUGAUAAAGUUGUUAACGUACAAUUAAUAUUUUAGUACAUUGUUGCUCAAAUUUUUUUGUUUUUAUUUGAUAAAUAUAUUGUACACUUUUUCUUAUU